AUGGCUAACAAGUGUGAUGGUCACAACGCUCAUUUUGAUAAAACCAAAGAAGAAGCAAAGAAGUUGAUUCAAAGCCCCAUCAUCUCCAUCUCUCUUGCUUUCUUUCUUUGCUUCUUCAGCCUCUACAUUUCUCCAUCUCUUUCAAUUAUGGCCCAAAACUUCCCAUUGGUCCCAAAACCCCUUGGCGGUGCCUCUGACGAUCCUCUCAAAAGGGUCUCUCUUAUCCCAAGAGUUCCUGAGCAUAAGGUCCCCGAAAAUGUAGGAGAGAGACGUCCCUUAGCCCCAAGAACCGGAGAAGAAAAACCCUUUGGUGAGGAAGAGGGCCAUCACCUUGCUCCAAAACCGCCUUCUCAUGAGAUUGAGAAGCUGAGUGAUGUGGUGCCAAAGAGCGUACGGCCUCAUGAGUCAGAGGAUGGUCUCCCCAAGCAAUCCUUGAUAUUCCCAAAGCCAUUGGGUCAAAGACUGGGAUUGGGAAAGAAGGCGCCUUUUCAGAGAGGAGGAAGGCCGAUGUUUGCACUUUCUGAUGACAGGGUGAUGUUGGAAAAAGUGUCCAAGACUCAUAGCCCCGACAUGCUCUCCUUCGAUGUCAUUUCCCUUCUCUCCAUCGUCCAUGACAUCUUCAAGUCUCAUGUCCCAUCCCUCGACCGCUCUCCUUCCAAGGCGCCGCUCGUGUUCAAGGAUUAUGCUGAUUACACCUCCUUUGAAGCAUUUGCAGAGCUCAUCGAUCAGAUUUCCUGCGAGAUCGAAUGCAAGUGCAUGCAUGGGGGCGAGUCUCAGGGCCUGAUGUCCUCAGGGUUUCAUCUGGACAGCCGUCACACAGCCGCAUUCUCAGUUCUGUCUCUCAUCUCCAAGUACCGUUGGGACGCAAAAGCAGUCCUCGUCCUAGCGGCCUUGGCCGUGAAAUACGGUGUUUUCCUGCUGCUGGCUGAAACGUAUGCCACCAAUCAGCUCACAAAAUCACUGGCAAUGAUAAAGCAGAUCCCAGGCAUUUCCUCGCAAGAGACAUCUUUUAACAAGCGUCUUGAGAAAUCCCGAGUGCUGAUGCAGGACAUGGUUGAUCUGACCACUACUAUCAUUAAGAUUUACGAGCUCCCACCUCAUUACAUCACAGAGGCAUUCACUGGCCACGUUCCCAUCGCUGUUUACUGGAUUGUUCGCAGUGUUCUGCUCUGCACUUCUCAGAUCAGCUGCGUCAGCGGCUUCAGACAGGACCAAGUCAUGUCGUUUAUGGAAGUCUCUGAGGUACAUGAGAACAGCGAACGGCUCAGAAAGAUCAAUGCCUACCUGACUGAACAACUGAACAAAUCUCUCGACAGUAUCAAGGAAAAAAAGACCGAAGACGAAUAUCAAGAACUCAUUCGGAUAUUCACCACAAUGAUUCACAUCGAUAUUGUCCUGCCCCUGCUUCGUCUUUUCAGAUCAAUCGAUUUUCUUUACCACGGAAGCGGCCAUUCGAAGAGACGGGUAGGAAUCGAUGCCUUGUCCCAGAAGAACGUGUUGCUUCUGAUAUCAGACCUUGAAAACCUCGAAAGAGAGAUGUAUAUUCUUGAACAGCUCUACAAUGAUGCGUGGCAGCAAUCCUUCGAGAUUCUAUGGGUCCCAAUUCAAGAUCACUGGACAGAGUCUGACAAAACCAAGUACGAGACGCUUCAUUCCGGCAUGAAAUGGUACGUUCUCGGAGAGCCUUGGAUGUUAAGUGCAGCCAGCUUGAGGUUCAUUAAGGAGUGGUGGGGCUUUAAGACCAAACCGAUCCUCGUAGCACUCGACCCAAAAGGGCAAGUAGUGUCGACAAACGCUUUCCCCAUGAUCUGGAUUUGGCAGACCUUUGCCCAUCCCUUCACCAACUCGAGGGAACGUGAUCUCUGGGCUGAGCAAGAAUGGAACCUCGAGUUCUUGAUCGACGGCACUGAUCCUCACUCCUUAACUCAGAUGGCGGAAGGAAAAUUCAUAUGCCUCUAUGGAGGAGAAGACAUGCAAUGGAUCAGAAACUUCACAAAUCUAUGGCGUGGGAUUUCAAAGGCCGCAGACAUCCAACUGGAGAUGGUUUACGUCGGGAAGAGGAACCCGAAAAAUGGGCUUCAGCCCAUAAUAGAUAGAAUCAGGGAGGAGAGGAUCAGCCACACUCUUGUGGACAUCUUCCAGAUAUGGUUUUUCUGGACCAGAAUCGAAAGCAUGUGGGAAUCGAAGCAACGUGUGCUGAAACAGAGAACCACCAGAAAAGAAGAGAGAGAAGACAUUGUCCUGCAAGAAAUAACAUCUCUGUUAGGUUAUGGAGGAGAAGGUGGAGGAUGGGGGCUGGUGAGCAGAGCAUCGGAGCUGAUGGUAAGGGCGAAAGGCAAUGUGUUCGAGAUCGCUUUGACUGAGUUUGACCAGUGGAGCGGUGAGAUUCCUUCCAAGGGUUUUCUGAGAGCGCUCUAUGAUCACCUCAUGGCGCGCCGUCCGCCUCAUCACUGCACCAGGUUCAUGCUUCCUGAAUCUUCUGGAAUCAUUCCGAACUCGGUCGAGUGCACUGAGUGUCGCAGGACCAUGGACAAGUUCUACUUGUUCCAGUGCUGCCUCGAGUGACCCGCAGCUUGUGAUUCUUCUCCGGUUAAUAAUAAUAUACUAUAAUGGCAUGCAUGUUGUUUCCGUCCGGUUUAUGAAUGUCAAGAAAAAGCUUUGUAAUAAAUUUGUGAUGGGUCAGUCUGAGACCUUUUGAGUCUUGACGUUGUUUGUGUUUAUGAGUUUCAUCAUUACGAAAAUAAUUAAAAAAAAAUGUUGUAAGCGCUUAUAGAUCAUAUGAAAGUUCCUCUCUCUUGAUUAA